AUGGACGAGGAAGAAGGACGGACGACGGCCGCGGUAAAUGCGCCGGAGCCGCCUCCCCUGCCCUACACCUUGCGCACUCGCAAAAAAUCCAUUGCUAUCUUCUGGAUUUUGUUCAUCAUCGAUGUCGUGGCGCAACCGUUGGCCCUGUAUUGGGCCCUCUGGUAUGCCACUGACCUAUCCCACAAUAUAGUCUUCUCAAUCGUGACCGCGUCGUUGGGGGGCAUCUCGGUGUUUGAAUACUUCUACCGGCUCUAUAACCUCUUCCGCAAAGACUCCCGAGCCCGGCCCUUGAACGCAAGGAAGUCAUGGCUCGACUUCUUUCAGAUCAACUUCACCAUCGUCUGGUUGAUUCUCGCCGUCGAGCUCGUCGUAGGAUCGGUAGCGGAAGAACCACACGUCCGACUCGUGGCCAUGGUCCUCCCGACCGUCAUGUUUUAUUUCGGCGCGGUCUACCUCUCCCUCGAUAUUCUCCGCCUCUUCGGCUUCAAGGCCCCCUUCCGGAUCUCCUCGACUCCCAAAGGAUCGACCAUGCCGACCGCCCUGUAUGUCAUGAUUGAGGAUGUGGUCGCGGUCGAUGGCGCGGGGGGUCAGAUCUACCGCUACGCCCUUCGGACCCGAUACUUGUCCAGCCCUUACUUUCGCCGGAUGCUCCGAGAGAUGAACUUCUUCUGGACCGGGGGAGCGCUCAUCUGCGCGGGAGGCAUCACCGCGCUCGUCUUUACCACCUCUCGGCCGGUCGCAUUCACGCUGGGCUGGUCCCUCCCGAUUGUCUGGGCGAUUGUCUGGACGUUGAUCACGAUCCCGUGGGUCCAGAGCGAUCUACGGCGCGAAAAGCAAACGUGGCAGGAGAAUCGUCCCCAUGGCGGCAUCCCUUUCACCGACGAUGUCAACGCGACCAGCGCUCGCACGCGCUUCGAGUCCGUUCAGGAACAUUUUCCUCACAUCCUGCCGUGGUUGCGGGAGAAACCAUCCACCCUGUCCGACGGACAGUCCGCUACCUAA